GGAGAUCAGCGAUGGCACACUAAAUGGUGUCAGGAUUACAGCUCCUCUGAAGGGAAGGGAUGGGACAAACAGAUAAAACUAUUGCAGGUAAAAAAGAAGGUAAAAGAACAGAAACUGGAGCCGGAACACAAAAACCCAAAGCCAAGAGAUCACCCCUCCCCUUGUUUCAGGGAGGUACUUGGUUGGCAAACCCAGAGGUAAAUCAGCUCUGAGAAGAAGUCGAAGCAAAUACAGCAUGAGGACUGAAAGGGUGGUCGCUGUAGGAACUUUUGGAUGCUUUAUUCUGUAGGCUGUUUUUGCAGACCUGAACACCUGGACACAGGGGAAAGAAACAGGAAGUGCUGAGUCUUUUUAAUUCUUACAGUUAGAAGCCUGUCAGCAAUAAAACAGGAUUAGGUAUGUUUUACAGACUACAGCCUUUCAUACCUUAAGCCAACCACAGGGGCAGAAGUGUCAAUUCCAGACUGGACUUUUGGCUCUGACUCCCAUCAUGAGGGGAUCUUCUGUAGAGGUGGCUUACUGGUUGAUGGUGUUGUGUUAUCUUGGACGGAAGCAUCUGGUGACCAGUGGCUGCUCUGGGAGGUGUUGCAGGGGCAGAAACAUGGGAUGUUCGUCUACUGACUGGAGGAUGGACCGAACGUACGGGACGUGCUACUGCGACGAAGACUGCAUCAACGCCAAGGACUGUUGCUUUGACUAUUUUACAGAGUGUCCCGCUCAGGACUGUGCUGUGGGCGCCUGGAGCUUUUGGAGUGGCUGUGCCAAGCCCUGUCAGCCAUCAGUCAGAGUCCGUGUCCGUCACGUAGAGCAGCAGCCCGGUAACAGUGGUGAUCCCUGUCCCUGGCUGGAGCAGAGAGCUGGGUGCAGGGAGUACAGAGACCAGAGGGGCACCCACUGUGGACUCCACUCAGGCCCAGCAUUCAUCACCAGCAUGAAGUUUGGCAACAGAAGGCCCAAACAUGACAGCUAUGGAAACCCCCUAGAGGCCGGGUUCUGUGUGGAGUUUAAACUGGAGUCCCGGACGCCACACUGCACAGUGGAGAACCGGCCUCACACACACUGGAUGCGCUACAUAACUGAAGGCUUUAAAGUGUGUGUGGCGUGUGAACCACCUGCCUUGCGAAACAGUAGCUGCCAGGGAGAUGGCCAAGAAUCCGACAAAGAGACUUUGCUUGACUGGCAGGCAGUGGGGAACCCGCACUGCAGAGGGACAUGGAGGAAGAUCCAGAAAACUCCACAGUGCACUUGUCCAACACAACACAACUUCAUCUUCACCUGACCUUCACAAGCCCGGAUCAGCCGCUGAAUUUAAAUGCUCAGAACAUCAAAGGAUGUUCUCCAACAGACUGAGAUCUGCAUAAUGAAAAGCAUAGAAAUCACCUCAAAGAAUAAAGCAUUUCCUCUAGAUGUUAGAAUCAAAACAACUGUACAGCUAGAUUUUAGUUUUCCUUUUUUAUUUAAUAACUCCAAAAAAAAAAAAAAAAAAAUCUAAAAUUUCCAGCAUAGUUAUAACAGCCAGGUUUGUAAUAUUUUGUCUUUGGCGCCCCCUUGUGGAACAUAGUAAAAGAGUUAGAGGCAGCAAUGAGCAGCAGGUUUAAUUUGCAGUUUUACAGUUUAAAAGGCCAAUGUGCAACAAAAUAUAACAAAAACAAUCUUUCACAUUUAUCACAUUUUUAUACAUAUAUUUAAAAAAAUACAACAACAGCUUAACUUUGAGGGAAACUCUUCAGAAAAUAAAACAAAAAAUAUUUGAUCUGUGGGGGGAUUGUUAUAUACAAACUGCUACAUCAUACAGGCAGAAAUGAGAGGAAGGAGACACGUUUCUUUUCAGUCGACUUUGUUUGCCCUCAGCAGAACUCUCCAGCGGUCCUUCAGCAUGGUCCCAGUGCGUCCUUCAAAGUCAUAAUCCAAUAAGAUUUGAGCCCAUUUCCCCCGUCCGUGACGUCUGACUCCCUCUUUAAGGUAUCUGUCCAGCUGAGCAUUCCAUUUCUAAAAAAAUAAAAUAAAAAUAGGAAAAAAAGGACAGGACGACAACUUAGAAUCUGUAUAUGUAUUUUCCUUCUUCUAAAUGAUUAAUUCAAAUAAGCAAUUUUAUUUUAGAAACCAUGAAUUAGAAACCGGUUGAGUUUUCUUAUUUAACAUACCUUAGGUGUUUUCCUUUUCUUCUGUUUUUCAUUCUUUUCUAACUUGGGGGUGUCCAAACACCUUGUCAUCAGUUGACAUAACUCUGAUGGUGAACAGUUUAAAGAUCUUUAGCUUUGGUCACAAAAUAUGCUGGGAAUGUAUAUUUCAAAUUUUUGAUAAACAAGCUAUAAGACAACAGACGAGAAGGAGAUACCAUUUCUGGAGAGUCGUCUGAGGGAAACGCAGGGCGUCGCCAUGGUAUCAGGCAUCCACAUGUCAGUAGUCUUAGUAGAGAACAGUUUGCGUUUUGGUCUGCGGAAGUGAGAGAGAAUUUAUUUUUACUACACGCUUCAAAAUAAGUUGUAGUUGACAACAUAUCAAGCUUAUAAAACUAAGAAUUCACUUUUCUUGAGUAAGAUCUGAACAAAAACUACAAAAGUAAGAACUCCUUUGUAACUUUUUUUUUUACCAAAAUAACCAAAGCAAGGUUAAACAUUUUAAUACUACAUGCAGAUUUUCAGUUACUUUUAUUAAAGCAACAAGUUGGUUCAGACUGGGACUGAAAAUAUACGACACCAUAUUUUACCAAAACAUAAGAAAACAUAAAUACAUUCCUUUAUAAGACGACACUAAGACCAAAUGUUACUGGUGUUACAACAAACAACUUUGUUUUGUUGCAGAUUUCUUUUCUUCAGAUUUUUCCACUGCUAUUUCUGACCACUUCUUCCAAUAAGAUCCAAGCCUUUGAGGGUGGAGGGCCUCCUUGCUAUUUACCCUUAAUUCUCUCCAUGGUUUAAAGUCAAAAUAACUUUGAUGAUUUCAACUGAAUGUAAAAAAACAAAAAAAAACAAAAAAAAAAACAACAAAAACAAAAAAACAACAACAACAAAAAAAAACACAUAUGCUUACUUUUUAUUCUUCUUUUCCAUUUCAUGGGGCUGUCCUGGGAGGGCACUGCUUUCCACAAAGACUGGCUUUGAAUCCUUAUUGUUUUGGGAGGAUUGGACGAGCUUUGUAGCUGCCUGAUGGAGAGAUAAACAUUCAUUAGAUGCGGGUAUUUGUUUAGAAUUAUAGGCAGAAUCAUUCUAUAUAUAAAUGUUCUAAUAUUAUUACUUUUUAAUAUUACCAUCUACUUCAAAACUAUAAAAAAAAA